UAAAUAAUCUGUGCUCUUGCUGAGUGCUAAAACAAAAUUUUAUUGUCAAAAUCUUUCAUCGAAGUAGUUUUGACAGAUUAUAUUUGGGAUUCCCAGUACAUUUUAUCGAAUAAUUUUUUUAAAUUGAAAAAAAUUGCGUAAAUCAAUUCAGAAUUUAUUCCUUCAAAAAUGUUUGUCCCUGGAUUAAAUGUUCUUUUGAGUUUCCUGAACUCAGAUCCUCCAUCGAAUAAAGUGGUAGAAGGAAAACCGCAAUCUUAUAGUUCCAGAGACAUUUACGCCCGUGAAGAUGGACUGGUGCUUUACCUUCCGCCACCAAACUUGCAAAAGGGAGCCAAAAUGAACUACGAAAUAGUAUUGCAUCGCCCAACAACAGAAACAUUAAGUCAAAAUUUCAGCUUAUUUCGAACAGAUAGUUUGGAUGAAGCUGAAGCUAAGUUUGUAACUCUUAAAGACAAGCUACCACUCUUUAUAGAAGUAUCAAAAGAGAUGUGUAACGUCCAUGGUUUACAAAAAAUCUGCGAUGUUCUGUCAGAACAUCCUACUUGGACCUUGGCACAUCUGGCAGCAUAUUUUGGCUCAUAUGACUCGUUUACUGAUGCAAGGAUCAACUGUUUUCUCAAUAGUUCUGAUACAGAGACAGGAAUGUCUCCUUUGCAAGUGGCAAUCACAACACAGAAUUUGAAAAUGGUGCAUAUUCUGGUUUCAGCAAACUGUUCUUUGGAGCAUCUCGAUCAUGAGUCUAACUCGGUUUUCCAUUAUGCUGCAACUACAACCAAAGAUAUAAUUGCUAUUUUAGCUCAAGGUUCCGCGCCAAGGUGCCUGAAUGGUCGCAACAAAAAUGGACACACGCCACUCCACAUGUCCUGUCUAGCCGAUAAGCCUGAUUGCGUCAAGGCUCUUCUACUUGCCGGCGCAGAUGUCAACAUAACUGCAACCAAAGGCGAGAACCACGACGAAAGAUAUGAUUCCAUUGAUCCAGGCUAUGUUGGAAACUUUCUCCAAAACAAUCCAAAUACGCUUUACUUGAAAGACAUAAAGAACGGGGGUACCCCUUUGCACUGGGCCAAUUCCAGACAGGUUAUUGAAGCACUCAUCGACGUCAAUUGUCACAUAAAUGCUUUGAAUUUUGAAAAAAAAACUGCCUUACAUGUUAUGGUGGAGAGAAACAGGUUGGAUUGUGUUGUUGCCCUUCUAAGUAAAGAGGCAAAUCCAAAUUUGGGCGACAAAGAUGGAAAUAGGCCUAUCCAUUUAGCGGUCAAAGCCAAUAAUGUGUCAAUAAUUCAAGCACUCGUGGUAUUUGGAGUUGAUUUAGAUAUCAUCAACAACAGUGGUGAAUCAGCAAGACACAUGAUUUUGCCAGAUCAAGAACCAAACCUGCUUUACUAUCUAUCUGCAGUUGGCACGAAAAGAUGUCCACGGGAUAUGGAAGGAUGUACUGAUGGAUGCAGAUUUAAUGGAACUUAUGAGGGUAUUCCACCACCCAAGGUAAUUGGGCCAACUAAUCGGGAUAUACUCAAUAUGAUGCUUUCUGUGGCUGGCAUGGAAGCUGCAUCCGAAAAACAUCGAUCUAAAUUUCCAAAACAAGGCCGGCUGCUUUGUCUGGAUGGAGGUGGCAUAAGGGGUUUGGUUUUGGUUCAAAUGCUGCUGGAAUUAGAGAAAAUAGUUGGGAAACCCAUAAGCCAUUGUUUUGAUUGGCUAGCAGGUACCAGCACUGGAGGCAUUUUAGCGUUAGCCAUCGCUUCGGGAAAAACUAUGAAGGAAUGUCUCUGCCUUUACUUCUGCAUGAAGGAACAUGCUUUUAAUGGUAGUCGACCCUACAGCAGUGAAAAUCUGGAAAAUAUCUUGAAAGAUACGUUCGGCACAGACACUGUCAUGUCUGACAUCAAACACCCCCGUGUUAUGAUCACUGGUGUUCUGGCUGAUCGAAAACCCGUUGAACUGCAUUUAUUCAGAUCAUAUACCAGUCCCAGCGAUAUUAUGGGAGUGACUCAUGACUCUCCCUAUGAGUUGCCACCCCCUCCUGAGGAACAAUUCGUUUGGGAGGUGGGAAGGGCCACAGGAGCAGCUCCAACUUACUUUAGAGCAUUUGGAAGAUAUUUAGAUGGUGGUCUUAUUGCUAACAACCCUACAAUGGAUGCACUUACAGAAAUUCACGAACACACUUUGGCCUUGAAAGCAAAAUAUAGGCUCGACGAAGCGGCUCCUGUGAGUGUUGUUGUUAGUUUGGGAACAGGUCUCAUUCCUGUAACACAGAUCAAGGAAAUAGAUGUUUUUCGACCAGAAAGUAUAUGGGACAGUGCCAAACUUGUUAUAGGAAUCUCUUUUUUGGGCACGUUGCUUGUCGAUCAGGCUACUUCUAGUGAUGGUAGAGUAGUAGAUAGAGCUAGAGCUUGGUGCUCUUCCAUCGGUGUACCAUAUUUCCGGUUCUGUCCACAGUUGUCGGAGGAUAUUACCAUGGAUGAAAAAUCUGAUGAGAAACUUGUUGGCAUGCUUUGGGAAACCAAAGCUUACAUGCACGAAAAAGUGAACGAUGUGAGAGAGCUGGCAGCAAUUUUGAAUAGAGGUUAAAUCUAUUAGUGUUGCUUCAAUUCCAUAUUUGAUGUUAGAAAAAAUUCAACUGUAGCUUUAAUGAAUGAAAAUUAUAUGGUCAGUGAAGGGCA